CUUGUCUGUUGUCAAUUUGUGCUUGUCAAACAUUUUCGGCAGUCGGCAAAAAUACUCAAAUUAUAUAUGUUGUACAAAAUGCAACCUUUUACCGCUUUUAUGAAUGUAGAAAGCUCUCGAUCUUAUAUUGAUGAUUUAUAUUCACAAGAUUUCAACAAAUGUUUAAACUCCAUCAUUUGUAUUAAAAACUCUGUAAUUGGAUCAAACCGACAGAAGGAGAGUGUUAUUUCCCAAGGCAUUGUUCCGAGGCUCAUAUAUUUAUUAAAAGAUAAAAAUAUAAAGAACGAUGUGAGAACUGAAGCCGCUAUAACUAUAGGUUCCCUUGCAAAAGGCACAGAAGACCACAUAGAGCUUCUAAUAAAUUCUGGUGUAGUUCAAAGUCUUCUAGAAGUUUUAGAAGAAGAUGAUCCAAAGCUAAUUAAUGCUUGUUUAUGUUGCCUAAGGACUCUCGCAAGUCAAGAACACCACUUAAUUAAUUCUAAGUUUUCAACAAAAAAUAUUCAGAAAUUGCUCUCUCUUGUUGGACCCACAGAAUCUCUUCAAAGACAAUCUUGUAUAGCAACCAUAUUAACCUCGUCAUGCAAAACUGUAAAUGAACAGAAUAUUUUAUGCUCAGUUGGAGGACCUUUAGUACUGGCAUCUCUAUUAUCAGUCGAUCACCCAUCUGUUAGAAUUCCUGUCGUUACAUGUUUAGCAUCAAUGUGUUUUGAUAAUCGUGAUGUUGCCAAAGAAAUAGUGAAUACUAUGUAUAAAGAUAUUAAGAUUACAGAAUACCUUGCCGGAAUGGUGUCUAGAGAAAAGCCAACUGAAAUGCAAUUGGAAGCUGCAAGAUGUUUAACAAAUUUACACAGAGCAGAUGCUAUAUCAGCAAAUGACCCUAUAAUUACUUAUAAAACACUGCCGUGUCUAGUAAGGCUUUGUCAGUUUGAACAUAGCGAGUCUCACAGAAUAGUAGCUGCAGAUACUUUAGCUUAUCUUACUGAAGUAGAUAGUAAUUUGCAACAGGUUGCUGCCAUAAGCAAUCAGUUAGUGAAUGCUCUAGUGGAUUUGUUGGAAAGAUCUACGGUAGCAGCCAGAGCAGCUGCAUUUAGAGCCUUUGCCUCUCUAGGAGCUAACGAUGAAGAUAUUAGAAAACGGAUAAUAGAUACGAAAUGUCUUAUUGAAAGGGUGGUUGAAGGUCUCUCUGACAGCAAUAAAGAAAUUAAUUUGGCAUCAGUGCGUUGCUUGCACUCGUUGAGCCGCUCAGUACAACAGUUAAGAACUACUUUCCAGGAUCAUUCUGUUUGGAAGCCUUUGAUGACUUUGUUAACAGAUGAUCCAAGUCCAGAAUUACUGUUGGCAGCAUCUUCUACACUGUGUAAUCUUCUGUUGGAAUUUUCACCGGCGAAGGAACCAAUCUUACAACAAGGCGCAAUCCAACUAUUAUCAACCCUCACGUCGUCUGUGGAUCCAGCUUUACGUUUAAAUGGAGUUUGGGCUUUGAUGAACUUGGCGUUUCAAGCUGAACAGCGCGUCAAAAGCCAAAUAUUGACCACUUUAGGUACUGACCAAAUAUUUAGAUUGUUGGCUGACUCGGAUCCUCGCGUAUUAAUGAAGACUUUGGGGCUUCUUAGGAACCUCGUGUCUCCGAGAACUCACACGGAUACCAUGAUGGCCUUACAUGGCCCUCAAGUAAUGCAGGGCGUCGUUUUGGUACUCGAGGGAUCUCAUUCGCCAGAGAUUAAGGAACAGGCGCUCUUAAUUUUAUCCAAUAUCGCAGACGGAGAAAGGGCCAAAGAUCACAUAAUUUCGAACGAUGACGUACUUAAAAAACUGGUCGAUUAUAUGACCCAUCCUGCGCCUUGUUUACAGGAGUCUGCUGUGUUUUGUGUAGGAAAUUUAUCUAGAAAAGGUGAACCUGGUGCAAUUGAGAGACAGUCGAAAUUAAGAGAAUUAGGCGUGGUCAAUAUUCUACAACAGCUUAUGGGAACCUCGGACACGGUUUUAUUUAACCGCGUAAAAUCGACUUUAGGGAAUUUUACUGAUGUUUGAAAUGUCAGUGAUCUUUAUAAUUUCGUUCCAGACAAUUUCAGUUUAGACUGAAGCAAAACUUGUUAUAUAUGUACUAUGACUAGAUUUCUAUUGGGUGAUUCUCUCACUAGAAUAAAUUCAUUAAAUCAAACAGUUUUAUUUUUUCGGAAAAAAAUUUUCUACAGCGUGUCCCAAAUAUGAGAUGUGACAUCAUAUCUAUAUAUACGAUUUAAUGUAUUUAUUCCAAGUUAGAGAAUCAUCCUGUAUAUAGAUUUUAUCAAUUUUACCUAGCAAAGGGUUUUUUCCAGUUAAAAAACGAUUAUUGGUAUUUUACUAAAAAAAAACAAUGAAUGUGAUGUAUAGACUGAGUAAAUGUCGUUAAGAAACUAUUUACUAUUUAAAUAAAUAAGUCUACAUUGUACAAAAAAAAGGCGAAUAUGACAUUUUUAUAGCGGUUUUAAGGGAUAAAUUAUUAUUUAUAUGUGUAAUUUUAUAAUUAAAUUCUAGUCACUCUUAAGUGAAACUGAUAUUUAUGAACUAGGUUUCCUCUAAGAUAACGUCUUUUUUGGUGUACUAUUUUUUUGUCAAUAUUAAUUAAGUUUGUUUUGUCUAUAAACUUUUGAAGUACAUGUAAUAUGGGUUAUUUCAAUAAUCUCUAUUUGUAAUUUAAGUGACCGAUUAUUGUAACUGCAAUAUUUCUACUUUGUUGGAAAAUAAAACUAAAAGGACUAAAGCUUU